GGAGUCUUAAAAAAAAACAUUGCUGAGGAGCCCUCAUUUUGGGAGCCCUCCCACUUCCUCACCUUUACCCCGUGACGUUUGCUAAUGAGGUCAAGGAAAACAGAGGAUAACGCUGGAAAGGAGACCUGAUGAGGAUUUCCAGCGCGCAGCAGCAGCCUGUCAGUCCGCACCGCGUGCAGCGCUGAUGUCCGGUCAGCAUCCCUGCGCCGCGCACAUUCUCCUUUCACGCGCUCAUGUCCACUUUUCAACGGCCACAGUGUCCGCUCGCGCGCCUGUACAGGGCGUCCGGACGUUAUGUUGAAAAAAGAUAGCCAACGGUUAUCUCCCUCAGCCUCGUUAGCACUAGCCUGCUAGCACCUAAGAUGUUCUUUUAGCAGCGCAGAGACGGAACACAACCAGCCAUGAUCACCACUGAGGCUUCCAGGGAGUUUCAGGCCAAAGAGCGUAAAUACAAAGAGCAGCUGAAGAAAUGCUUGUCAUCUGCUCUGUCUGCAGACCUGAAAAGGCUGCUGCAGGAGGAGCUGGAGACAGACGUUUGCCUGCACACAGCAUCGGGUUCGGUCCGGGCUCACAGACCUGUCUUGCUAGCCAGAGCUCCUCAUCUUCUGAUGGGACAGACGCCCAAAGAUCCAGCCAUCAUCCACCUGCCCAACUAUGAACUUCCUGCACUCAAAGAUUUUCUUCGGCAAGUGUACACAGCAGACCAGAGUGUGCAGACGACUGAAGCAACUUUAGAUCUAAAUUCAGAGCCAGCCGCCCUUCACAGUCCGCCUGCUUUAGGCGCUGCUGUCCUCGAGCCGGCCUCUGGACUUGGUGCUGACCUGCUGGAUCUGUACCACAAGGGGGAGCAGUGUGACAUUACCAUCCAAGUAGGAGAGCAGGUCUUCUCCUGUCACAGGGCGAUUCUGUGUGCACGCUCCCAGUACUUCAGAGCCAUGCUCACUGGAAGUUGGAUGGAAAGUUUCAGACAGUGCAUCACCUUGCAAGGUUUGGGGCCGGAUGAGAUGGAAAUUUUGCUCCAGUUCAUUUAUGGAGCCAUUGUGGAUUUGCCCAGUGGAGCAAAUGCCAGUCAGGUGGUCCUGGCUGCAGACAUGUUGGGUCUAGAGGGGCUGAAAGAUGUUGUGGAGAUGGUUUUUACCAGAGAAUACUGCCGCUUCUUCCCCAAGCCCGUCGAUGCAGUUCAGAGAACAAUCCUGGAGUGCCUCUCGCUCACAUACGUCUUAGGCCUUCAAAACCUCCACAUGCAAUGCAAGAGAUGGGUUGCUGAGCAUUAUGUGAAGGCCUGGUGUGAGAGGAACUUCUCCCUCUUGUCCCCGGAGCUGCAGAAAGCCUGUUUAACGUCUGUCACUGAAACAAUGACCGUGCAGAACGUGGUGACGGUGCUGUGCGGCACAGAGCAGCUCAUAGGCAGCCUCCCUGAGGUGAAAUGGGCCCAGCAGGUGAGGUGCCUGGCCACAGAGCUCCAGGACAGGAGCUUACAGGUCAUUGUACAGCACCUCCCCCGGGUCAUCCACACUCAGGCGUUCCGGGACCUCCUGAGGAGAGAAGAGCUGACAAGAGAACCAACUUUGCUGAAGAAGGUGUGUUCGGCCAUCAGAGAAGUUGUGACUGUAGACAACUGCUGUGGCCUUUUCAUUGCAGUCCAUCAUCUGUGUGGAGAUGCUUUGGAGGAGGACUUUCUCAUGGAACAGCAGGAGGAGCCGUUCAGGCGAGAGAUUUGCGUGCUGCGCGGGCAGCUCUGGACCUUCCUCCUUCAGAGCUUUUAUGCCGUUCGCCACACACAGGGAUGGGAUGCACUACCCUCCAAACACAGAGCGAGGAUCCUAGCAGAUGCUAUUGAUAAAGGUGAUAACCGAAGACUUGGUAAAAAGCCUGUGUUUACAAGCUCACAGUCGAAGGCUGUGAAAUGCCCUACAUCUCUGCCUGAGAGUCCUCCAGCGCUCCGGACCCAGCGGGUUUCACAAAAAAGAAAUUCCUCCCCUCACAGAGUUCCAUCAGCCAUGAAAUCGGAUGGGCUGGGCACAGCAAACAGGCCGGGAGGCAGUCAGACAUCCAAAGCAAAGAAUGUGCAGAAAGCGGGAGAUAAGAUCGGAGCGGCAAAAACCGCAUCGGCUGCUGCUCCGCUUGUCAACGGUACGGAAGCUGCAAGGGCCAAACGGGAAGCGCUCAGGAGCUCAUGCAGUUCUAAAGAGCCCGAAAAGAAGCCAAACCCAGGAGCAAGGCCCAAAACGUCUCCUCAGAACCACACACCUCCAAGUCAGGCAGCAACAAACUCUCAGAAGAACUCUUCAGGGAAGGCCACUGCCCCCAGCACUCGAGCUCAGCCCAGACCUUUGUCUGCGUCAGGGAGUACCUCGCCUGAGAACGGGGCCAGCAGCCCACACAUUGACCCCCACCCUGUUCCAGGUACAAAGACCAAACAGCAAACCAAACCACCUCCCAAACCCCCUCAGACGAGGCCUCCUCAAAAAUCAGACACAACAAAGAGCAGCAGUCCCUACAGUAAGUGUAGUGUGAGAGAUGCUGCUAAAGCUAAGACUGCUGCAGCAGAGAAACCUGCAGCAAAAGCAGACAGCAAGGGAAAAAGCACCUCCAACCAGACCGUCUCCAAACAUGGAAUUUCUUUAAAAAAGACCGCCUCCCCAAGGACAGAAGACGGCAAAGAUGUGGUGAAAUCCUCAGUAGCGGACAGAGCCAUAAGCAGUGCUUCUAAAAAGAUCACGAAACCAAACUCAUCAAACGGAGUUCUGCCUAAAUCUAACAUUACAACGGCAAAAGUCUCCUCCACCCCAAAUAAGCACUCAGCUGCGACUGCCAAAUCUGUGCCAAAAGCCAAAAGUGGAGCUGAAUUAUCCUCUGAAAAAGCUGCACCAAAAACAUCCCAGACCUCUGCUGCAUCCAAAAAACCUGGAAGUAAAGAAAAGGCAGCAACUAAUGGGAAAGGCUGUAAACCCAAGCUGGAACCAGCUAACACUGGUACUGAUGAUUCUGUGCAGCUAAAAGACGUCACUGAAUCCUCUGAGAAACCUGCUGCAAAGUCCACACAGUCCAAUCCAAGUGGCGCUGAGUCACUGUUCCAAAACAAUGAAGUGCAGUUGGGCGGCAGCGCAGCAGAUGAGAAGAGUGUUAGGCCAACUGCGAGCGUCCUUCACGUCCAAUUUGAUGUACCACAGACUUUCAAAGAGACGGUGGGGAACAAAGUGGCACAGUCUCAGAAGAGCUUAAGCUCUGCUACCAUCAGUGGAGGUCAAGCACCUGGAGUACAUGUGCCAAACUCCCGGGGCGGUGCAGAACGCUCGGGGGGCCUUCCCUGCAGUAUAGGAAGCACUGGUAGUCCACAGGAUGACUUGUGGAGUGGAAUAAACCAUCAGGUCACCCCGGAAUCUGAGACCGGCAGUACUCGCACCACUUCCUCGGACGACAUCAAACCCCGUUCAGAAGACUAUGACGCUGGAGGCUCCCAGGAUGACGACUGCUCCAAUGACAGGGGGGUGUCCAAGUGUGGCACCAUGCGCUGUCCGGACUUUUUGGGCCGCAGCAGCAGUGACACCAGCACCCCAGAGGAGUUGAAGAUGUACGAAGCUGGGUCAGGAUUGAGAGUUGACGUGCGCUUACGUGGCAGAGAGGCGGAGACCACCAGCGAGGAGGAGGCUGUGAGACAGCGACCUUGCUCCUGGUUUCAAAGAGAGGAGGUUUCCGUGGAAAAGAAGCCCUCAGAAGUUGAGGCAGGUGCAAAUCCAGUAAAUGUUCCCAACAAUCAGCUCCUCUCUUUCGACGACGAAGAAGACGAUGACGACGAGGAAGAAGACGAAACGGAAGACGAGAAGUCUGAGGUUGAAGUUAUUCCGGCUCAGACUCAGAUGUCACCAACAGAACCCUCGCCACAUUUUCAGGGAAUCGUCAACUUAGCAUUUGAUGAUGACACCGUGGAGCAGGAGAGCGAUCAGCCUGCAUACCAGUCCACCGCUAACUUCCGCCGCUCAGUUUUGCUGUCUGUUGAGGAAUGCGAGGAGUUGGGCUCAGAGGAAGGUGGAGCCCAAACUCCACCUCAGCAACCAGACGAAGCUUUGACUUCCUGUGACGUUUUCGAGUCUGACUCCACCACUGACCCAGAGAGUCACCCCCUAAAACAUCCUGAAGAAAAGCUUUUGAAGCACAAAGAGGAGAAAUGUAAAGAGAGACCUGUAUUCCUUACAGAGAUCCUUGUGGCCGUGCAGGGGGAGAGCAAUCACCUCCCACUCAAUGAAACAAAAGCCAUCAGUCCUGCCCUGGACUCUGACCCCAGAGACACGCCCCAGGAACGCCCAAGCCACCUGGACCUGCGGCCCGCAGAACAGUACAAUGGAGGGAAAAACAAAAACCCGCCCCAACAGUCAGAAAGCAACAAGGCUGAUUUACAUCUAGACUUAAAAGGCAGCUCUCCUGUUCAUGCUGCACAGUCUCCAGCAGGGGACAAUGGUUGUGACAGAAUGGAUCAAAGCUGCAAACAUGACCGCCGGCCAUCCAAAAUCCUUUCACCCAUUUACGAGAUGGAUAUGGGGGAGGCCUUUGAGCACUGCUCGGAUAAGGCCAGGGAUGGUGAACGACAGGUGGAAGAAGACAAACGCAGAGAAGAUGGCGACAAAAGCAGCGAGUUUGCAGAGCAGGACUGGGGCCUGCUCAGGCAGCUUCUCUCAGACCACGAGUCCAGUCUGGGCGUCAUCAACCCUGUGCCUGAGGAGCUUAACUUGGCUCAGUACCUUAUCAAGCAGACGCUGUCUUUGUCCCGUGACUGCCUGGACUCGCAGGCCAUCCUGUCCCCUGAAAAAGAGACCUUCAAGCGCUGGGCAGAGCUCAUCUCACCUAUGGAGGACUCUUCCACCAGCAUCACUGUUACCAGCUUCUCCCCAGAAGAUGCUGCCUCUCCACAAGGGGAGUGGACCAUUGUGGAACUGGAAACACACCACUGACCAAACAGAGAGCCUGCGGUGUCUGCAUUAAAUUUUCUGCUGAUUGUCUUAAUUUAUUUGUAAUUUAUAAAACUGUUCUGGACUGAACAGAGCUUUGGACUUUGCAGCAGCAGUUCCCAUCAUGCCCUUAGUGGACUCCUCCUUGAUACAAGUGGGAUGGUGUGCAUGCUGGUAUUUUUUACUUUUUCUUUUUCUUAGAGGUCUAUAAAAGGGUUUUUUGAAUCUGUUAAAAAAAACUUUAUUGGUCCACUGACUGGCAUUAUUGUAAUUGUAAAAUAAAGGUUGUGUUUAAGAAAAAUA